UCUUGGUGAUUUGUUAGUUUCUCUACUUAGUUUUUAAAGACACAUUUGGAAAUGAUAUAUUUCGGUGGUGAAAUGAAAAGCCAGACAUUGCCAGGCCUAAAAAAUGUCUUACUGGAUAUUGAGAGCAAUUUAGAGCAUUCCAGAGCAAUUUAAGGCCUGCAAUGGAUGCCCUGCAGCUGGCAAAUUCGGCUUUUGCUGUUGACCUGUUCAAACAACUGUGUGAGAAGGAGCCAGCGGGCAAUGUUCUUUUCUCUCCAAUCUGUCUGUCCACCUCUCUGUCACUUGCUCAAGUAGGUGCCAAAGGUGACACAGCAAAUGAAAUUGGACAGGUCCUUCAUUUUGAAAAUGUUAAAGAUGUGCCCUUUGGAUUUCAAACAGUUACCUCGGAUGUAAAUAAACUUAGUUCCUUUUACUCUUUGAAACUAAUCAAGCGGCUCUACGUAGACAAAUCUCUGAACCCUUCUACAGAAUUCCUCAGCUCUACAAAGAGACCAUAUGCGAAAGAAUUGGAAACUGUUGAUUUCAAAGAUAAACUGGAUGAAACGAAAGUUCAGAUCAACAACUCCAUUAAGGAGCUCACAGAUGGCUACUUUGAGAACAUUUUAUCUGACAAUAAUGUGAACGACCAGACCAAAAUCCUUGUGGUUAAUGCUGCCUACUUUGUUGGAAAGUGGAUGAAGAAAUUUCCUGAAUCAGAAACAAAGGAAUGCCCUUUCAGAGUCAGCAAGACAGACACCAAACCAGUACAAAUGAUGAAUCUGGAGGCCACAUUUUGUCUGGGGAAUAUUGAUGACAUCAACUGUAAAAUCAUAGAGCUUCCUUUUCAAAACAAGCACCUCAGCAUGCUCAUUCUGCUCCCCAAAGAUGUGGAUGAUGAGUCCACGGGCUUGGAGAAGAUUGAAAAACAACUCAGCGCAGAAACCCUGUCACAGUGGACCAAUCCCAGCACCAUGGCCAAUGCCAAAGUCAAACUCUCCCUUCCAAAGUUUAAGGUGGAAAAAAUGGUUGAUCCUAAGGCUAGCCUGGAAAACUUAGGGCUGAAAAAUUUAUUUAAUGAAAACACAUCUGAUUUCUCUGGAAUGUCAGAAACAAAGGGAGUGGCCUUAUCAAAUGUGAUUCACAGAGUGUGCUUAGACAUAACUGAAGAUGGUGGAGAUUCCAUAGAGGUGCCAGGAUCCCGGAUCCUGCAACAUAAGGAUGAAUUCAAUGCUGACCACCCAUUUGUUUACUUCAUCAGGCACAACAAAACGCGAAACAUCAUUUUCUUUGGCAAGUUCUGUUCUCCUUAAGUGGUAGAUCCCAAGUUAAGUCUUAUCUGUGGAUGCAGAAUUCUAUAAACUCUUCAUCCACAGAAUCACUUUAUAAAUGCAAUAAAUUGUUAACAUUGCUGCAUCAGGAAGCAGCCUGUACUUGUCAUGUGUAGGCCCUUCUUUUCUAAUUCUUUGUUUCAUUUUUUUUUACCUCUAUAAAAGAAAAUGUCACAUUUUUAAUGAAAAGGAAGCUCAUUAGAGGAAUACAAAUAUUCUUUAUUGUCAAACUGUUCAGGGUUUUGGACAAAAAUGGUGUUCUACACAAAGCAAUUCCUAUCAGGAAGAUCUGGAGGAACUUGUUCCCAGAACUUUGCUAUCUUCCCCAGGAUAUAGAAUGUUCUAGAUAUUGUGAAAAUCUAAAGAAACUCUAGUGCAUGGGACCCACAAAAACUGCCCCCAUCCAGUGAAACAUGCACAUAUAUUCCCUCUGCUGUACCAGUGCUUAUGUUAAACUUUGGGAAACAAAUUUUCUUUUUUCUUCAAACUCUGAAGUUUUGGGAGUUUAGGGAAAUAAUGUGUUGCACAUAUGUUUCAGUGCUUUUCGUGUGUUAUAGAAAUCCAUCAGUGGGGUCUACACCAGCUCUAUGUAAGUCAGUGCCUUAUUCUGUAAUGAAUGUUCACACAAAAUAGACAAAUGAGCACCAUCGUACAUAAGUGGUCAAAUUUUGCCAACAAAUAAGUGUGCUAUCACCUUAUGAAAACACUAUGAAACUGUUGUAGAUUUUGGAAUGCUGGAUAAAGAAUUAUAGAUCUAUAGUGUAAGACACUAAGGGGAAACACAGCUUUUAUUUAAAAAUUGGUUUUCAUUUUUAAUAUAUCUCACCUGGUCAUUUAGUGCUGGCCUAGUGUCAGGGCUUCUAACUGACUCAAAAAGUUUUGGUUGUCUGGUAAAGAGACUUAAAGUACACAAAGACUCCCCCAGGAGCCAAUAAAAAUUUUUGGUGUUGAAGGAAGUAGGCUUUGCUAAUGUUAUUGGUGAAAAAAAAUAAGGAACGUAAAACAUUUUGAAAAUAUAAGUGAAACUAUUAAAGUACUCAAAAUGCCUCGACACAUUUGUUUUUCAGUCUGGCUGUAGUUACAUUAGGCAGUAAGUUUGUAAUUUAUACUAAUAGUACUUUGUAAAGUGGCCCUGAUAAGCUAUGUGUGUUUUGGCUUAUGUAUUAAUUCAUUACCAAAAGGACGUAUUCACUGAAGAUUUUGUAGUAUUCUUUCCCUCAUUCUGCCUUGCUAUUCAGUGUAAAUAGGUAUUCUCCUCCGAAGGUUCAAUAUUGAAUUAGUUCUGUGCUGUUGGCAAUACAAUUUUUUUGAAUUGUUUGUCAUUUUUUCCAUUAAAUUAGAUAUGCUACUUGGAAAUAAAAUCAAGACAUACAUGUAUGAAAACGUUCUUGAA